AUGGCGACCGCCAAUGAGUUCCCCAUAAGCAUUCGAGUUCUCGCCAUCGACAACGAUCCCAUCUGCCUCAAGUUGCUAGAAAACCUCCUAAUCCGAUGCCAAUACCAAGUCGUGGCGACUACUCAGGCGAGCAGCGGCCUGAGGAUGUUGAGGGAGAACACGCACGAGUUUGAUCUGGACAUCACCGACAUCCACAUGGCGGACAUGGACGGUUUCAUGCUCCUCCAGAUCAUAACUCGAGAAUUUGGCAUUCCAGUCAUCAUUUACAUUCCUUGGCCGGCGAUUGCAGUAUCGUCGGUAGAUGGAGCGAGGCAGACGGUGGCGAAGGCGGUGGUUCACGGAGCUUGCCAGUACUUGCUGAAGCCUGUGCGGAUGCAAGAACUGAGGAACGUAUGGCAACACGUGCUCAGGAAGAAGCUCGUCGGCGGGAAACCGAACGCGCUUGCGGAUUCUGAAGGCAGCUACUCGAGCGAUUUCAACGCGAGCGACGACGAAAACGCCGUCGGAGGAAAUUUUCCUCCGGAAUCCGGCGAUUCGCGCGGCGGCAAGAGGCCCAGAAUCAGUUGGACUCUGGAACUUCACCAGAAAUUUCUCGCCGCCAUCAACGAACUCGGCAUCGACAGUAGGUUCACUCCCUCCCCUGUUUCAUUUCUUUCCUCGGACGAAAUUCACGAUUUCUUGCGGGCGGUUUGCAGAGGCUGUGCCGAAGAAGAUACUCGAUCUUAUGAACGUCGAGAACCUGACGAGGGAGAAAGUCGCCAGCCAUUUACAGGCACGCUAGCUAGCUCUCGAUCGAUCUUUGCACUUUUCUUUUCGCAGCGUGUUAUGAUCUUCGAUCUUUGCUUGCAGAAGUACCGGCAGUACGUGAGGAGACUCAAGGAGCUGACGGACCGUAAUUCUAGCGCGAAUCCCGGCGGCUUGUCGUUCAGGAAUCUAUCGCGGAUGAAGAGCGACUCGCUGGAUGUUUUCAGGCGCUACCAUGCAGUGGGGCGGAUGCGGAUACUCCCGCCGCUCGCUUCUUUCCCGACCUAUCCGGUCGCCGGAGUUGAUAUGCUUUCCGGUGCAGCCGCGCUCGGCCACAGCCCGGGCCAUUUGGGGAGCUACCAGAGCUUCGGAUUCGCAGGGAAUAAUUGCUUCCGGCCAAAUUCGCUCGGCGGAUCAGCGCCGACGCCUCUCGAUCAGCUGGGGGAGAUACAGCAGCAAGCGAGCGGGUUGCUCGGUGGCAGCGGCUCUGUUCCUGACGGCCUCGGUUGGCUGCUGCAGGGGAAUAAGCCACAAAUGGCGGACGGAGAAGAAGACUCGUUCGACUUUGAAAUCGAUUUCCCUGAGCUCGAUCGUUGCUUGCCUGAGCAAGCGUGGAGAAAUAUUAAUGGCGACCCAGCGAGCGAGCGUCUGGCCGGCGCGCUGCCUGGAUGCCAAUCGGCUGUGAACAUGGAUGAAACCGCUCAGAGUUGUGAAAUUAAUGGAGACGGUGAGGAGGGUUCUUCCACCAAAGGUCUUGUGUGA